AUGGACCAGAGCAAAGACAGCGAGACGGUUGCCGAAGUUGUCGCCGGCGGAUCGACAGUCACCAUAGGCGGGAUCGAGCAUCCCAGCGAAAUUGGAGUGUCAAACCAGCCCGACUCCGAUGGAGAUGUUCUUCUGGGUGCAGGGGACGAGCAGACGCAAGCGUCGAAAAGUUCGAAGAAGAAGAGGAGGAAUAGAGGCAAAAAGUCACUGGCACAACGGGGACCGACCGCCCUUCCCAAGAAUCGUGGGACGGGGUUUGAAGAGUACUACGCCGAUCCUCCUAUGACACCUCAGGAGCACGCCGAUGAGCAAACUGAGGUCUAUUCCAGUGACAUUCCUUUUGCAGACCGAAUCCAGUCCUGCAUUCAGCGCUUCCGCACUCGUCGCCGUCUUCAAUCAGAACACACUCUCUUCUUCGACGAGUACCUUUUCCUAGGCGGGGUUGACACAAGCAUGAACCAGUUUGGAGGACACGACCCGAAAGACCUUCAAGGGCUAACUCCCGCGGAACGCCGAGACCUCACUGCCCGGGACACAGUCCACGGAGGCAGCAGCGGCGAUGAUCGGUUUUACAACGGUGAUGAAGAGGACUGGUCAGUCGACUUUACCGGCGUCGCGGCCGGCUUCUUUUCAACUCCUCUGAUGGAGCUUACUGGGGGCAAAAUUGAACGCAUGGCAGCGGCAGCGGACGUCGUUGCCAACUUCCUCCGCUACGUCUUGCAGCAUGACGUCUGCCCGGAGUACGAAGAUGAUGUGAAGCGAGCGCUGCAGCUCUGCUCGGAUGCCAAGGAUGAGUGGCCAGCCGUGGACGCCGUCCGAUCGUCUGUUCCAGGCGCUUUCAAUCUUGCCGCCGCAGACCUGUUCUCGCCUGCUGACCCAGGAGACUGGACGAUUCCUAUCCAUUCACGGCCAGAGAAUUUCGAUCCAAAGGCCAUCUUCUACGCCUCUUGUGCUCUUCUGGGUCUUGUGGAGGUCUUUGACCUGAUCGAGUUUCGCCAGCCCGUUCCUAUCAAGGAAACCCGGUGCGCUGUGGAAGUCACUCGGAUUGAACGCGCCACCGCGGACAUUAUCGAGCGCUUCAAACAGCUCAAAAUUGGUGACGGUGAACCUGGUUUAGCGCCCAUCGGCCGAGUUUGCGUUCGACCUACUUCGAUCGAAGACGGUUGGGACCACCCCUCCGGCCCAGCACCGGUGGACAGCGACAAUAUGUGGCUGUUCUUUGAAGACGCCAUUCUUGCAAACAUGAGAGAAGGAAUGAAGAUGGCAGUGGUCAUCAUUGAGCUGGAGGUGGGAUUUCGCUUUGUCAAGGCGUGCUCCAAUGUGGUUCCCACGUUCUACACAUUCCUGCCCCAAGAGCUCAUGAAGCACUACAAGAUGCCCCGAGUGAACGAGCGACCUGCGCCAUCGGUGCAUGACCGCUUCGGCGAUGAGGCACAGCACUACCAAGAGGAUUAA